AUGACAUUUUAUCCAGAGUACUAUCAACGACAUAAGGUUCACGGGAGAAAACACACAGGCAACUAUAUCAACGCAGAUCAGGUCCACGUCUGCCGCGAUUUUGAGUUUUUACUUCGAUGGAAAACAAGCAGGCAUAGUGGCAGGGAAGCUGCAGGUCCUAGGUACAGAAAUGCGACCGCUAAGAUACUGGACUUUAAUGAACCGUAG